UUCGCGUAUGAACAACGCACACUCGCUACGUUGCACCCUUUUCAGUUACCGGCGUAAACCGAGUAACAUUUUUGUAGACAUCUGGUGGGAGAAACAGAGCAAAUAUCCAAAAUGGUGAACUUCACUACAGAUCAGAUCCGUGCGAUCAUGGACAAGAAGACGAACAUCAGGAACAUGUCUGUCAUCGCUCAUGUCGACCAUGGCAAGUCUACCCUGACCGACUCCUUGGUGAGCAAGGCCGGUAUCAUUGCUCAAUCCAAGGCAGGAGAGGCACGCUUCACCGACACCAGGAAAGAUGAGCAGGAGCGCUGUAUUACCAUCAAGUCGACAGCCAUCUCCAUGUACUACGAGCUGAGUGACAAGGACAUGACAUUCAUCGAACAGGAAAAGGACGUGAACGAGCGUGGUUUCUUGAUCAACCUCAUCGAUUCCCCAGGCCAUGUUGACUUUUCGUCUGAGGUGACAGCUGCUCUGCGUGUAACUGAUGGAGCUUUGGUUGUUGUGGAUUGUGUCAGUGGUGUCUGUGUGCAGACAGAGACUGUCCUCCGACAAGCCAUUGCUGAGCGCAUCAAGCCAGUUGUGUUCAUGAACAAGAUGGACCGUGCUCUUCUGGAGCUUCAGCUGGAGAUGGAAGAUCUCUACCAAACCUUCCAGAGGAUCGUUGAGAGUAUCAAUGUGAUUGUUGCCACCUAUGCUGACGAGGAUGGACCUAUGGGUAACAUCCAGGUUGCACCAUCAAGGGGAACCGUUGGAUUUGGAUCUGGGCUCCAUGGCUGGGCCUUCACACUGAAGCAGUUUGCUGAGAUCUACGCUUCCAAGUUUAAGAUCGAGCCAGCCAAGCUCAUGAAGAGACUCUGGGGUGACCAAUUCUUCAACCCCAAAGAGAAGAAAUGGAACAAGGUUGGAGGUGAAGGCUAUGUUCGUGGUUUCAACCAGUUUGUCUUGGACCCUAUCUACAAGAUGUUUGAUGCAGUCAUGAACUUCAAGAAGCCCGAGACUGAAAAACUGCUUGAGAAGCUGAAAGUGAAUCUCAAAAGUGAGGAAAAAGAUCUCGAGGGCAAGCCUCUUAUCAAGGUCAUCAUGCGCAACUGGCUGCCAGCUGGUGAAACUAUGCUCCAGAUGAUCACUAUCCAUCUGCCGUCACCCGCCACUGCCCAGAAGUACCGUAUGGAGAUGCUCUACGAAGGACCUCUUGAUGAUCCUGUAGCUAUGGGAAUCAAGACCUGUGACCCCAAGGCUCCUCUCUGUAUGUACGUCUCCAAGAUGGUGCCGACCACAGACAAAGGUCGCUUCUUCGCUUUCGGUCGUGUCUUUUCUGGCACCAUCGGCACUGGCCAGAAAUGUCGCAUCAUGGGACCCAACUUCAUACCAGGCAAGAAGGAGGACUUGUACCUAAAGAACAUCCAGCGGACUAUUCUCAUGAUGGGUCGCUACCAAGAGGCUAUUGAAGAUGUACCAUGCGGUAACAUCUGUGGUCUGGUUGGCGUUGAUCAGUUCUUAGUGAAGACCGGAACCAUCACCACCUAUGAAUAUGCCCACAACAUCAAGACCAUGAAGUUCUCUGUGAGUCCUGUGGUACGUGUAGCUGUGGAGGCGAAGGAUCCCUCUCAGUUGCCCAAGCUUGUCGAAGGACUGAAGCGUCUGGCCAAGUCUGACCCUAUGGUACAGUGUACCAUUGAAGAGUCUGGAGAGCACAUCGUGGCUGGAGCUGGCGAGCUUCAUCUUGAGAUCUGCCUCAAGGAUCUGGAGGAAGAUCAUGCUGGUAUUCCUCUCAAGAAAUCCGACCCAGUCGUGUCUUACCGUGAAGGUGUCACUGCGGAAUCAGACCGAAUGUGUCUAUCCAAGUCACCCAACAAGCACAAUCGUCUCUUCAUGAGAGCAGCACCAUUGCCAGACGGCCUGGCCGAAGAUAUUGACAAUGGAGAAGUCAGUUCCAAGCAAGAUUUCAAACUCCGUAGCCGUUAUUUGAUUGACAAAUAUAACUUUGAGGCCCAAGAAUCCCGUAAGAUCUGGUGCUUUGGGCCAGAGGGAACCGGUCCCAACUUGUUGGUCGACUGUGCCAAGGGAGUGCAGUACCUGAACGAGAUCAAAGACAGCGUCAUUGCAGGAUUCCAGUGGGCUUCGAAGGAGGGUGUGCUUUCUGAAGAGAACUUGCGUGGUGUAAGGUACAACAUCUAUGAUGUGACCCUUCAUACAGAUGCCAUACACCGUGGUGGUGGGCAGAUCAUCCCAACCACCCGUCGUUGCUUACUGGCAUGUCAACUUACUGCCACGCCCAGGGUCAUGGAGCCUGUCUAUCUCGUGGAGAUCCAGUGUCCCGAGAGUGCAGUUGGUGGAAUCUAUGGAGUUCUGAAUAGACGUCGUGGCCAUGUCUUUGAAGAGAAUCAAAAGAUAGGAACUCCCAUGUUCUUUGUCAAGGCCUAUUUGCCAGUCAAUGAGUCCUUUGGGUUCACUGCUGAUCUUCGCUCCAACACCGGUGGUCAAGCCUUCCCACAGUGCGUGUUUGACCAUUGGCAAGUGAUGGGCGAUGAUCCCAUUGACCCCACUACCAAGUCCGGCAUAAUUGUGACUGGCAUCAGGAAACGCAAGGCUCUCAGUGAAGAAGUUCCCCAUCUCGAAAAGUACCUCGACAAGAUGUAAAGGCAGCUGCAGGGCAACAAUCUUUUAUUUUCAUGGCAUUUCGAAGAGCAGAUGUUAUUCUCAGAUUUUCCUUUACCCCCAGCUUAAACAACAAUCCCUUGUUUUCAGUGCUAUACCAACCCUCUUUAGCAGAAGCAUUCGUUGACAAUCAGGAUUUAUGGAAUUUUAUUAAGAAUUACUCCGUUUUCAAUUUCAUGUAGAAAAUAAUGUAUCAAAGGACAUUUCAGACCAGAAGAAUUGUAGUGAUGCUGUAAGAUCGUCAAAUUGAAAAUCACUUUCUGUGAAUGAAUAAUCAAAUCUAUACUUCUAGUUUGUUUGAUCUAUUUGUUCUUUUUGUGAUUAAACAAAUAAAUAUGUGCCAUGAGUCUAGGUAUUUUCGUUGGAUAUAUAUAUUAAGUAUAUUAAGAAAUUACCAGAUGUGAUGCUAUGUUUUUCCAAAGUGAAAAUACACAUGGUAUAGUAUAUGAAUCAGGGUUAAAAUACAAUUGAUGUUUAACUUAUUUAAUAACUGCAAUAUUUGCUCUGGAAAGAAAAGCACAAAUGCAGAAGAAAAAGGCAUUUGCUACAAACUACCAUUUUUUGAAAAGUAUUUCUUUAUGAAAAUGAUCAAUAUUUUAGAUAACUUUUAUCAGUUCAUACAUGUAAGCAUGCAUGAUGCAUGCCAAUGGGCCAGUAAGCCUAUUACACCAUUGACCUAAAAUCCUUAGGAUAGUCAAGUCUUCUUGGGCAGAGUUCAUGUAUGCCGUGCAUUUAUAUUAGAUAUGUAAUGUGACUAUUUAAUGUAUUCUGAAUAUUUACUGCAAUCCCACAAAGGAUUUGACUCAUUUCAUAGUUAUCAAUUUGCCAUGUUUAUUGAGUUGAAAUCAAAUCAGACAUUGGUCUGUCUGUCUGUCUGCGACUCCAACCUAACAUACCCUCCCCUUUUUGAUUUGAGCCUCAGAGACGGUUUGGCUUCAUUGUCAAGGUACGAAGUCGAAUAAAGUUGAAUGUUUCAUUCCAUGUCAUGUCAUCGUGGGAAAGAAGAAGAAGAAUGCUACAGAAAUAAACACCAGAUAUUUACCAACCUUAGAAA